AUGGAGGAUCGAGGUGGGAUAGAGGAUCGAAGUGGUUGCAACCAGUGUGCCGAUUGUCCUGAAGCUGUGAAGCCCGCCACGGUCAGACUGGUUGGGAUUGAAUUGGGUGGAGGAUCGAGGGGGAUGAAGGAUCGAAGUGGCUGCAACCAGUCUGCCGAUUGUCCUGAAGCCGAGGCCCGCCACGAUCAGACUGUUGGGAUUGACGUCGACGAACGAGGUAGAGGAUCGAGGAUGGAUGAAUGA